GUGCUUUUGUGGCGAACAUGGUGCUACGUAAUAGCCUACAUGCAGACGAAGCGGACUUUGCUUAUACCCGAUUGGCUGUGCGGGGGUUGCCUUGGGACAUGCGUGCCGUCACUCUCUGAUGCCUUCCGUCUCAUCUCGAAAUUAUGCCACGAUAUGCUGUCAGCGACGAUGACGAGCCACUUGAAGACAAGACGGCAGCCCUCACCCUUAAAAACAAGAAGACGGAGCGCAUGAAGCGCAAGAAUGCUACGAGACAGCAGAAACGCGAUGCCAUUGUGAACAUUACCAAGCUGCCUACCGAGCUCAUUCUCGAGAGCCUCAAAUAUCUCCGCCCCUGCGACGUAAUCGAUUUCAGCUUAGUCAAUCGCCGCUUCCAGAGCCUUGUCAAAGCCAACGCGAAUAUCAUCGGCGACGCCAUCAUCGCACGGCGCUACAGCAUACUCAUCAAAUGCCUCCCGACGCCCAGGCUCCUCGCCGACGUCGACCCUGCAAUACAACCCCUCCUUGUCGACCCCGCGCGUCAGAAGCAGCUUAAUAUACACAAUCGCCCGUACCAACACAUUCAAUCGCCAGAUGCACACCAGCUGUGCACCUGUCUCACCUGCAUCCUGACGUGGAAUAAUCUAGGGCUAGUCCUGGACUUUGCGCACUGGCAGGACUAUCUCGAUUCUGGAACCCCACUCCCCAUCAUACCGCGUGGGCAGAUACCAGAGUGGAACAAGGAGCUGGUAGCGCGCCACGGACGUAUCGCUCGCAAAGCCAUCGAGAAUUCGCUAUGGCACGCCGUCAUCCUGCAACGGCACCUUGAUUCCACCGUUCGCGCCAUAUGGCGGCACUCGAAGAACAGAGGGAACAAACGAGUCCAUGUUGACAUGACAGCUGCUGAGGCUGCUGAAGAGACGGAUGCUUUUUUGGCCAAACACGGACCGCCGAGUUUGGAGUUUCCAUAUCAGCGGGAUGAAUACUACAUGCUUGAAGCCUAUCUACCAAACCGGUGGUGGAGGAAACAAGAUGCAUAUUGGUUCUACACGAUCGGUGGGCAACACGAACGCGAUCUAGAACUCGUCCAACGUUUCGCGAAGCGCUAG